AAGCGAGAUGAGAUGCGAGAUGCCAUGCCUUUCUGGUUUCAACAUUUGAUUUUCUGGCUGUCAGGCAGCAGCAACUCCCACAGUGCAAGAUUUCAGACAGCGGGUGUGCGAGCAUACGAGGAAACUAGGAACUCGCGUUUCGGACUGAGCGGAUUAAAGCCAGAUUCGAGAGAUAGAGCCUUCUGUGUCCUGGCACACAGCGUCUAGCUCUUGUGGAGUGUCGCUUGCGGCAUGAUACAGCGAUGAUUGAAACCUCUGGCAUGCUUUCAAGCUUACGAGGUGUAUAGUAGCUCGAGUCCUAAAAGAUAGAUCAGGGGUACUGCUGCAGUGGCCGCGUAGCACUCCUGCCUCGUCGUUCCAGUUCCUAGACCAGAGACGUCGUUCCAUCGUUUCCCAAUGGAGCGUGCCUCGGCCGUGCGGCCAUACCGCACGCCGUUUCUCCUCGUUCUGCUGUCGCUGGCCUCUCUCGCACCGGCCGUCGUUCUCGUCGCAGCGUCGUCCAACGGCGACGCCUCAAGCGCGGCUCCUCGGGGCCUCUUCCAAGGUCGACUUCCUCUCAGGGUGCUGUCCGUGCUGCCAGGAGUGACGGAGUCUCCCCGCAAAGCCCGGGGUAGAGACGGGGCUUCAGCGGCAGGAGGCACCGCCACGGCCGCUACAGCACGAAUUAGCGGGCUGCGCCCCAUUCAGGUGGUGUUCAACCGCGCUGUCAUCGCCUUAGGCAGCGACUUUGGCUUUGAUGCCUCUCAGGUUGGCUCAGAGGGGGCGGGAGAGCCAGGCAGAGUGGGGGGAGGAGGUGCGGCAGCAGCGCUGCAGUGGGGCCUGCCCCCGUCGCUGGUGCCUUUCUCCCUGGGGUGCAAGGGCGUCGACGGCAUUGCUGGUCGUGCCAGAUGGGUGACGUCGUUCGUGUUCCGGUUUGAUCCCCUAGAGACGUGGCCCUCUGACCUCUCCUGCUCCCUCACCUGGAAUGCCAACUUCACAGCCUUCGAUGGCACCAGCUGGGAUGCGGCAUCCCCCCCGCCUGCUCUUACUGUGCUCACGAAGCCUCUCACCAUGUCUCUCAGCAUCGUCUUCUCACCCAUGACCUACACUGCCACGGGCUCCUGGUCAGCACAGUCAUCCAGUUUCCCAAGUGAAGCUCCCCCCGAUGCACAGCUGCUCCUCUCCUUCUCUGCCCUUGUGGACAUCAACCUGCUCCCAAGCCUUAUCCAGCUGCGCACCAAGGCCAACAAGGUGGUACCUGGCGUGACCACCCUCGUCAAGCCCUGCCCCAGGGACACCUUCUCCCUUGCCUCCCUCGCUGCUGAUACCACCAACACCACCAACCCCAGCGGUGCUAGCAGCAGCAGCAGCAGGGCCAUCGUUCGCUGUGCAGUCGUGUCCUUCACAGCAGCACCAGACGGAACAAAAGUGUCAGGAAAGGCAGCCGUGGCAGCCGCCUUGGCAGCUGACUGGAGCAAGGACAGCCGGUCCGUGAGCAACCCCAGCAAGCUCAGCGCGGCUGGGUGGGGCCCGCUCGCCCCCGACACUGAAUACCAUGUGGUCAUGCCCCGGGGAAGCAAGUACUAUGGCAAGGCGGGGGCUCUGAAGCGGCCGCUUGUGGUGGAAGUCAGAGGGGCGUACCUGUUUCACAUUACGUACGAUGGAUCUAUAGACGGGACAUCCCCCAUCAACCUGAUGUCUCGCAAGAUAACCCUGCCACUGCCACACGGCCUCCUCUCUCCUCUCGCUGAUCUCAAGGCCUGCUUGACUCUGCACCACUCUGCUGCCUCGCACUCCAAGGAAUCAAUGGCAGCUGCAGCAGCAGCCGUGUCUUUUGACUUAUCUCGCCCUUCCAACGGCUCUCUUCUUCUCUCAGCACCCUUGGAGCCCGAUGCUAAAUAUACCCUCUCAGUAGCAGCGUGCCCGUCGGUGCGGGACGGAUUCGGCCUGCCCCUGCGGUCCUCCCGCAUGACCAUCAUCACCGAGCGCUUGGAGCCCUUCCUCGCAGUGGGCCCGCACUCCCUUGUGCUCCUGGACGCCACCAGCACUGCUACUGGUCUUGCCACUGCUGCGGCUGCUGGUGAUGACAGUUCAGGGGCAUGGGAUAGGCUCUGGCCGCUCUUUUUCCAGCUGCCACCGUACUUGGGCGCAGACAGGCCUCCUCUUGCCCUCGCCUGGCCGGUCACCAGCCUUCCUGUCCCCGACACCCCUGCCUCCGCUUCUUCCUCCUCUCUCUUCUCAUCCUUCUCCUCCUCUGAUUCCGCUUCCGCUGCCGCUUCUGCUGGUGCUGUCUCCGUCCCCUGGCUUGCUUCCGGCCCAGCAGGUGAGGCUGAGCCAUGGCAGCAGCAGCAGGGCACCAAGUCUCAGUCCACCGCAUUCGCAGUGACCCCCUGCGUGCCUUCCGCCUCCAGUUCCCUUUUCCACUUCAACGGCAGCAAGGGCGGUUUCUCCCUCGCCUCGCCCGCCCUCAACGCGUCCUCUCUCCUCGCCCCGACCGGCAUGUUUGUUAUUCGCCGUGCCAGCUGCGUCUACUCAGACCCCAACCCCACGGAGGAGGAGGCCAACGCGGUGGAUGAUGCUGUGGAUACUCCUCGCUUUGACCCUUCUGGUCUUGGCGUUCGCGGGGGUAAUGGGAGGCGUGGUGGCAGCGGUGGAGUGCGGGCGCCUAAGCAGCCAGCGGUGGUUGUGGCAGAGACGGAGGUGGCUGCGGUGAUGGCGCAAGCAGGGGACGAGCACGCAGCGGUGUGGGUGACGUGGUUGAGUGAUGCGAGCCCUGUUGAGGGCGCCACGGUGUCCCUGCUUCCCUCUAUGAACGAGGGCGAUGACCUCAACCCGUUGACUUUUAAAGCAAUCAAGGGCACGACCGACAAAUCUGGGAUCGUGCUGCUGGCUCUUCCAGCCGUUCCUGAUCAGUUCUGCGGCAGAGCAGGCAUACAGGCAUCAGUCACCUACACCUCUCGUUUCUCCCCUUCCCCCUCCACCUCCUCCUCAUCCGAGCGUUUUAUGCUGCUCCCAAACUUCGUACUGCCCUGUCGCGACUCUGGCCUCUCCCACUCCUCCUCCCAGUCCUCCCUGCAAGCGUCACUGGUGCUGGAUCGCCCGCUGUACCGCCCCGGAGACACCGUGCAUGUCUUCGGUGUGAUCCGACAGGCUGGGCCUGAUGGCAAGCUCCACCUACCCGAGGCGUCCCACCGACAUGUCCUAAGCUGCGCCCUUCCCAACUCCGAAACCCCCAAGCGCAUCCCUGUGACCAUACACCCCCAGUUCGCCACCUUCCUAGCUGACAUCCCCCUCCCGGCAGACGCCGAUACAGGCUCAGCCAGACUCCAGCUCGAGCCAGCCCAAGAGACAGACGGCAUCUGGGUGAAUGGAGAUGCGUACUUCCAGGUCUCCGACCCCCGUCCCCCCACCGUGACCCUCUCUCUCUCCACCUCCCGGCCUGUGGCGCGCAUUGGGCGCGGGCUAGAGGUGGUUGUUACCACAAGGACGUACACUGGAGGGCCGGUGGCUGAUGAGGAGGUGAAGGUGAUUUGGGCGUUUGGGUAUUACCGGGCAGAGGAGGAGGAGCCUGGUUGGGAGAUGAACCUCCAGUGGGGAGGGGGAGGAGUUGAAUCGGGGUGUGCGGGGGGGGGGGGAGAGGAGGCAGGGAGUGGUUAUGUGUCUGGGAAGCGGUUUGUGAGCCGCGUGUGUGUGGGGGGUGUGCUUGUUGUGCGCACCAACAGCAGCGGUGUCGGAGUGGCGAUUUUGGAUAUCGAUGCUGCCCUCGCGUCUCCCACCCGCACACUGGUGGGUUCUCUCUCGCUGUCAACGGAGUGGGUGGGUCCCACCAGGGAGAUUCUCUCCGACGCCACGUCCGUCCCAGUCGCCCUCAGCGACUGGGUCACGCGUGUGACUCGCUCUGUGCCCAACCCUGUCCCGGGCCAGCCCUUCCAUGCCUCUGCCCGCCUAGUCUCCCUGCUCAACCCCGCUGAUGUUGCUGGGGACACGGCCAGUGGUGACGCUCCGGUCUAUCGUGGUGCUACUGCUACGGAUGCGCCAAUGUGGGACGGUGGGGCUGGGGGCACUGUUGCCAGCAGCAGCAGCAGCAGCGGCAGCAGUGGCCGCACCGCUGGGGAUGGCACUAACGCUGGUGUUGUUCUGCCUUCCGUGGUGACGCUCUCCCUGAUGCUGAAUCGCACCAUUACUGACGACUCAGGGGCGGUGCUCUCCUGGAAGGAGGAGACUGUCGCCUCCUGUAACGCCACCCUAUCCCCCCCCCGCCUGCCCAUUGCAAAUCCAGACCCUGCUGCUGCUGCUGAAGCUGCAGGGGGGGCAGGGACCGCAGAGGGGUUGGAGGGGUUACCAUCUGAGUGUGCGUUUGUGGUGCCUGAUGUGGGGAGGGCUCGCCUGCUCUCGUGUAUUACUGACCCUGAGGGUACUAAGGCCUGCUCCUCUGCAUACUUUGGCAACACACUGCAGGGUUGGCAGUCCUGCCCGCUCUACUCCCUCCCCCCACCCAGGGCCACCUUCAACAAGCCUUCCUACCAGGUUGGCGAAACAGCCACGCUGCGCUUCGAGAACCCAUACGAGGGGGCGGCAGCACUCCUGCAGGUGGACCCAAGCCACGCUGGGAAGGCAGGGAAGGCAGGGAAAGCAGAGAAAGGGGAGGUAUGGCGGGAGACGCACGGGGGGUUGGAGCGAGGGAUAGUGGAGCUCCCAGUGGUGGUGGAUGGGAGGUGCGACCCCAGCUGUGCUGUCACGGUGGUGGUGGUCUCGCCUCGCCAGAGCACGCACCCGUUGGGGGCAGUGGCUGCGAAGGUGCCGACUACAGUCAUUGCGGACAUUGCAGGCCCCUCAUCUUUCGUGCUGCACCUGGCGCUGCUCGUCACACCCACGCCCCCUCCGCGCCUCUCCCUUGACAUUGCGGUGCCUCCGGGCCAUAUGUCAGCAGGCAGUGAGGUGGAGGUGGCAGUGCGGGUCACGGGACUGGACGCAACACCGGAGGGCGGGGCAGCGGUGGCAGACAGCCAAGUGCAGGUGCUGCUGGUGGCGGUGGACAAGGCGUUCCUCGAUCUGAUGCCGCAUCCACUAUCAGACCCCACAUCAGACCUCCAGCCCGCGUCACCGUCCUAUUACGCGUCGUCGCCCUUCCUGGUGCUGUCGCAUGAUGCCAUGCUCAAGCCUUCCGCCAUCCGCGCCCUCGCACAGGCCUACCAGCACCAACGCGAGGAGAACCCCUGGCUGCAGCCACUUGAUUGGAUACACAGCAGCGGGCACAGGCGAUGGUGGAUGCAGGCAGGCGGCUUGCCCAUCGCCCAAGAUGUCUGCUUCUCCUCUAUGGCAGAUAACUUCACACACGGACCCGACCCUUACGGGCCGAUGCCCUACGGCUGGGGUGGGGGCAAGCGCGCGUACGCCAUGGCAACGACGGCAAUGGCUAUGGGCUCGGUCUCGCGAGUGUCCGGCUUGGCUGGCGACGCUGCUUCAUUUGCUUCUGCUCGUGAUGCCGCCGGUGGUGGUGGUGCAGAGAACGGCGAGAUGAUGAUGAUGCGAGCAGCCAUGCCUAAGAUGGCAGCGACGGCUGUUCAUCCUGAGUCUGAUGCAGCAGCUGCUGACAAAUCCGCGCUCCUCAUGGAUGGUCCACAGUCCGCCGCGGGUGCUGGUGCUGUCGGUGGUGGUGCUGGGGUUCUGGGAAUGGGGGCCUCGGCACUUGCGCUUGCCAAGAAGCGCACCAACUUCACCGUCACCCCUCUCUGUCGCACUGCGACCGCACCCAUCGAAACCAUCACCACCACUUCUUCCUCCUCCUCCUCUUCGUCCGCGGACCCCUCCCGUGUUGCCACUGCCACCUUCCGUUUCCGCCUCCCGGACUCUAUCUCCACGUUCGUUCUCCGAGCCUACGCUGUCACCGGAGCUAGCAGCAGGUUCGGUGCAGCGGAGACAGAGCUAGUGGCAUCCCGCCCUCUCGCCCUGGUGCCCUCCGUGCCUCGGAUCGUGCGAGCAGGAGAUCGGUUCACAGCUGGGGUCACUGUCAACCUGGAUCAGACCCUCGCAGACUCCAUGCUAGCGGCAGGAAAAGGGACAGGAGAAGCAGGAGGAGUAGGCGGGGCAGGGGUGGGGAAUGUUGCUACAGAGGGAGGGGUGGUGGGUGUGGGAGCAGGUGCGGGCAUGCCUGUGACUGUGUCUGUUGCGGUGGUGGCGCCCCUGUCGUCCGAUUCUGCUGAUGGGAGCGGUGGUGCGAUUAGCGGCACGAGAGGAGUGGUGCAGGUGGUGGGACUCAACGAGAAAGACGACAAGGUCUUUCCAACAGGGCCUCUGGAGGUGCGGUUCAACCUAGAGGCAUCAGUGGUGGGCGCUGUCGCUCUCUCCUUCACUGUGCAGUCACCCGGCCUCCCCCCCGAUGUGCUGGUGGUGCCGCUGCAAGUGGAAGGCGUGCAGGAGGCAGUGACCGUGGCAAGCAGCGUCGCAGUGCAGGGCCAUGACAAAACUGCUGCCACUGCUGUUGCCGGGGGGGGCGUGCAGUCAGGGGGCUUUGAGGGGUUGGCAGGGCAGUGGCAGGAGCAGAUUGCCCUGCCGGUUGAUGUGCUUCCAGGGAGUGCCCAGCUGAACGUCACUGCAGGUGUUGGUCGCCUGCCAUCAGUGCUCCAGCUCUCCUCCUCUCUCGUGCGCUUCAACGCCUGGGCCGACCAGCCGUACCCCUCCGCCACCCACCUCCUCUGGUCCCUCCUCCCCUCGGCUCUCCUCCACCAAUAUGAUUCCGCCACCUCAUCCUCCUCCUCUUCUACUCAGUCUGCGUGGUCGGCUUUCAAGUCACUCUUUUCGGCUGCAGCCGGUGGAGGGGCGGCAGGUGAAGGGGGGAGUGCGGUGCUGAGUGAGGCGAGGAGUGCGGAUACGUUGGCUCGUGCGCGGCUGGACUCGUACACGCUGCGAGGCUGCGGUCUGGUGGACGACCCCUUCUCCCCUAACCCCCACCGGUACACCGACAUCCCCCUCAACGCCUAUGCCCUCAUGCUGUCGCGCUACCUCCCCCUUCUCCACGCCUCGCCCAUUCCCAAGCCCCUGGUUGCCAAGUGGCGGGCGGCCCUGGAGGGUGUGCUGGGGGCGGUGGAGAGGCAGGCUAAAGAGCAGGAGAGGAGAGAGGUGGAGGCGGAAGGGAGGGAGGAGAGGAAGCGGAAGGAAGAGGAGGGAAUAAUGGAACAGGAUGGGGGUGAGGAGCAGGGGAAGGAGGCGGAAGAACAGGAGGAGAAGGAGAAGCAGCAGCAGCAGCAGCAGGAGAAGCAGAAGCAGGAGUUAGAUGGGAGAGAGUCAGGGGACGCAGUCGUAUUGUCAUCUGCCCUCUCUCACCGUCGCCUGCUCUGGGCACGCAUGCCAGAGGGUGAGGUGAUCCCGGGCCAAGCCAGGCCCGCUGUUGCUGUUGCUGUAGCUCGGGCUAUUGCCCCUGACGAUCCCGCUGGAGAGGACGCGGAGGAAGAAGAGGAGGAGAGUGGUGGGCGAGAGGGGGGAGAAGAGGAGAGCGCAGAGGGAGAAGCAGCAGCAGAAGCAGCAGCAGCAGAUAUUGCUGAUUCUGACGUUGGGGAUUCUGGAGCUGAUUCUGAAGGCAUGGCAGGAGAGGCAGGAGGGACAGGAGAGGCAGGGGGUGUGGCUAGCAGUGUGAUUGGAAGCAUCGGGUUUGAGGGGCAGGCGAGCAGGGGAUGGGAAGGCAAGGAGGCGACUACAGGGAUAGGUGGUGGUGCUAUGGUGCAGCCAGCAUGGGGUGGGGAGAUGGGAGGCGAAGUGGGAGGGUCGAUGGGAGGGUCGAUGGGUGUGGAGAUUGGAGGAGCUAUGCCAGAGCCAGCGUGGGGUGCGCCUGAGGAGGGCUAUGGCUCCUCGUCCUCCUCGUCCGGGCGCCUGCUCUACUUUGACUGGGAGCUCGUUCCCUACCUCUGGCUGGGCCUUGGCACGUCUCCGCCUUCGCACGCUCGAGCAGGCAGCACCUCUCCUCUCCUCUUCGCCAAUCUCAAGCACCGUUUCACCCGGCUCUCUCCUCUCGGCAAGCUCUGCACUGCACUGGCCUUCGUUCUGGAAGCGAGAGAGCGCCACCAGGACCCUGCUGCUCUUCUUAUCAAUCACAGUAGGCAAGGCACAGCAGGAGGAGGGGAGGCAGCAGAGGCAGUGGGAAUGGCAGUGGGAUGGACGGUCAACAGCAUGAGGGUGCUUGGGCGCACGGCGUAUGUCACUGCCGCGCCUGGCUCGCCCUUCUCUGCUGGGAGCACCGCCAAUGCGCUCGCCCUGCUGCUGCUCGUGGAGACUGCGUCCGACUCCCCCCUAGUAGAGAAGCUAGCCAACCAUGUGGCCGGCACGGACAGAGCCUCUGCGUACGCCGGGUGGACAGAGUCCGCCCUGUCUGCCCUCGCCCUGACGCGCUACGACAUGUGGCACGGCAGCACCACCCCGCACCUCGCCCUCACUGUCUCCUCUGGCCCUGCCUCCUCCACUCCUGCUGCUGCUGCUGAUGCUGAUGCUACUACUUCUGCUGGCUCCAGUGGUGGUGGCUCAGAAGCACCGACCAGCUCCGAGACCACCACCAUCCUCUCGCACACGUUCUCUCCGUCUGGGCUUGAUGCGCGAUCAGCAGCAGGAGCAGCAGCAGGAGCAGGGGCAGCAACAGCAGUGGUUUCUGCAUCUGUACCGUGGGCCACUACUGCUGCUCGUGUGCCUUCCUCCCUGCUCAUUGACGCUCAAGGCAUUGGCGAGGUGUCAGUGUCAGUGGCGCUGUCGUUCAUCCCAGGCAGCAUCCUCCCUUUCCCCACGUACCGCGGCCUCUAUGUCGAGAAGAUGUUCUCUUUCAAAGCGCCUGAUGCUGCUGCUGCUGCUGCUGAGGGCGCCGCCAAUACAGCAGCCCCUCUGCUGCAAAUGCCAUCCUCCACGCCCACCUCCUCUGCGCCAGUGGGCGUGGUGGUGACGGUGACCAUUCAGGUCACCACAGCAGACGACGUUCGCAACCUAGUCAUCCUGGACCUCCCUCCGGCCGGCCUCGAGCCCCUCGACCCCAACCUGCCCUCGCAGCUACAGCCCGACAUGUUUCCCACAUCCGACUCCUCCCUCUGGUGGUGGGCAUCCUGGCACACACGCACCACGCGCCCCUCGCACGUGCGCUUCCUCCUCCCCUACCUGCCCGCCGGCACGCACACCGUCACCUACCACGCCAUGGCCGUCACCUCAGGUGUCUUCGCGCUGCCCCCCGCCAAGGCGUUUCUCCAGGAGCAGCCCGAGGUGCUGGGGCUGUCGGCUGGAGGACGGUUCUGGGUGCUGGGCGCGGGGCAGAGGGAGCCGGAGGAGGGGAGAGAGGGACGGAGGCGGCUGCUGGCUGUGCCAAAGCUGUGUCCGAACGACUGCAGUGGGUCGGGCACAUGUAACGUAGCAACGGGCACAUGCAUCUGCGACCGCCUCUUCGCCUCUGCAGACUGCUCCCUCUUCACUGGCAGCACCGCAGGCAGCACUGCAGACACCACGCACCCCCAGGGGCAGGGGCAGGGCGAGAGAGGAGGGGCAGGAGGGAGUGGAAGAUGGGGCGGCGCGGGUGCGGGGGGGGGGGAUGGUGCUGGUGCUGGGGAGGCGGCGGCGCAGCCAAAGGGGAGGGGUUUCUCGGACCUAAUUCAUCUGACGGUGCCCUCAGCCUCUGUGCUGGCGGUGGUGGCUGUGUUCACGCUCCUCCCCCUCGUGCUGCUGCUGCUUGCGUCCCGCCUGCGCCUGCGCUCCCUUGCUGCUCGCCUCGCCGGAUACAGGGUCGUUCAGGCAGAGCAUGGAGCGACUGAGCUCACGACGACCCCUGCAAGCACACAUGGGCGUGGGGAGGGCACACCGAUGCUGCUUGAUGAGGAUUCGGAUUAAGCAACUUAUGUGAUGCGUGCAUUGUACAAGAGCUGGAGUGGAGUUCUAUGUGAUUGAUGCUUGUUUUCUGUUCUUGUAGCUCAAUGAGUUCGUGUGCAAUGCUUGUAGAAUUCCGAGAGCCCCGUAUUAUUGAAGUCCCGUUCUAGCCAAGUUCUGCUGCUGCUCCUGUUACUCUAGCCAACUUCUGUUGCUGGUUGCUUGAUCUCUUGUUGGAAAUUAGAAGACCAUGCGAAACUUA